UUGUAUCUCUCGGUUAUUCCGUCGUGUUUUCCAUGUUCCGCCACGGUUUCAUGAUUUGAAGUGAAUCAAAAGUGUCACACAACACACUUCCAUUUUCUUCUUCUUCUUCAGAAUCCAUGGAGUUUCCAAAGAACCUUCUUCAACUCAGGUCCUCUUCUUCUGCAUCUUCAUCUUCUUCUCCAUCUUCUUCUUCAAUCCCACCACACCGCACCCAAAUCCACCCUCGCAUGAUCUCGUUCCACUCUCAUCCUCCUCCCAAACCCAAACCCCACUCCAAAUCCUUCAUCUUCCUCUCCCUCUCCCUCCUCCUCUUCUCCUCCCCCUUCCUCUUCUACCUCUUCUCCACCGCGUUCCACAUCCACUCCGCCCCCAUCUUCUCCUCCCCUGACCCCUCCUUCUUCGCCGUCUUCCUCCACGUCUCCCCCUCCUCCUCCCGCAUCUCCCUCUUCCACUUUCUCGGCCGCGGCCAUUUACCCUUCCUCGCCGCCUCCGCCUCCUCCCGCGCCCGCCCCGGAUUCUCUUCCCCCGACCCAGAUGCGCUCCGGGGCUCCAUUGGGGAGCUGGUGGAGUUUGCCAAAGGGUGGGUGCCCAGGAAGGAGUGGGGGAAGACUAUGGUGCAGCUCAUGGCCACUCAGGAGGAGCUGGAGGGUUUGCGUGAUGAGGAAAGGGACAAGGUGCUUGAGUGUUGCAGACAGGUUUUGAGGUUGUCUGGCUUCUUGUUCAAAGAUGAAUGGGCACGUGUCAUUCCAGGGGAAGAACAAAGGAUCUCUUCUUGGGUUGCUGUAAAUUAUGCUCUUGGAAACUUGGGACGCGAGCCUCAAGAAACAACUGGAAUAGUUGAACUUGGUGGGGCUUUUUUGCAGGUUAUAUCUGCUUUGCCUAAUGCAAAGUUAGUUCAGUCUUCGCGGCCUAUAAGAUUGUCUGGUGUUACUUACAAUCUUUACACGAGGAGUUGGCCACACUUGGGUCAGGAUAUGGCAUGGAAAUCAUUGGAGGAGCAGCUGAAACAUAGAGUGUUGAAGCUUUCUUCAAAAUCUAGUGAAAGAAAUCCAGCUAACCCGUGCAUUCCUAGAGGAUAUGAGUAUCCUUGGACCUCUAAUGCAAGUCAUGUAAAUCAUCCAAUCUUCAAACCGGCUGGAAAUUUCUCGGCAUGCAGAUCUGAAGCUAUGUCAUUCUUAAAGAGAACAGAAGAUAGAUGCCUUCAUCCACCUUGUAAAAUCACUUCAUCCUUUUAUGAGUUAUCAGCUGAGCUAGUUUCUUUGAGAAACUUUUUGUAUACUUCUAAGGUGCUUCGGAUAGCUUCUAGGACUUCUUUGUUUGAAUUGGAGGCAGCAGGCCGAAAUUACUGCGAAGAACAUUGGGAUGCUCUUAGAGAUCAACAUAAUGAGAUUGAUUAUCUGGAUUUAUUGAAGUACUGUUUCUCUUCUGCAUAUAUGGUGGCACUGUUACAUGAUGUCCUUGGGAUCCCAAUGGAAGAGAAAAGGUUUGGAUUGGGGAACCAGAUGAUGAACGGUAGCCACGUUGACUGGACCCUUGGAUCUUUCAUAAUUGAAACAAUGGCAGAACCUCUUGAAUCGGUGGAACAUAUAGAUACAGGGAUGAUUGCUGGGAAUGAAAUCAAUGAAUCAGUAAAAUAUUUUUCAUUAUUUGCAUUUCUUUUCUUUAUUGUGCUUGCUGCAUUCUUUGUACUGCAGUGGAGAAAGCCACAAUUGAAGACUAUAUAUGACCUUGAAAAGGGACACUAUAUUGUUACACGUAUCCCUAAGUGAUUCUGCUAUCUAUGCCUAGAAUUUUUUCAAUUCGAUUUUCCUCAGUUGAGCAGAACCUUCAAGCUGAUAUGUUUUCUUUCGUCAUUCAAUAUCUGGAUGAGAAAGUCUAAGCUCAAGAGCAAUGUUGAUAUCUGUUUAGCAGACUACAGCCCUUACUAUGAGCAGAAUAUUAUUCACAAAUGGAAGGGAUAGUUCUCUAGAAUAAGUAGAGCAAGCUUACUGAUUUUUGGCCGUCUCAUUAUUGGUUUAUUUUUGGCUCCCUUAUGGCUGCCUCCAAGAUGUGGGAGGGAGAACUUGAAAGGAAGCCUGAAAUAUGACAGAUAAUUUGUAAUUGAAGGGCGAAGAGAUAAGUCUUCAUUAUAGCCAUUGUAAAUGUGUAAUUCACGCACAUAAAUGAAAGUUAAUGCUCCGCCAUUUGCAGA